AUGUUGGGGAAUGUAGGGGAAUGUUGGGGAAUGUUGGGGAAUGUUGGGGAAUGUUGGGGAAUGUUGGGGAAUGUUGGGGAAUGUUGGGGAAUGUUGGGGAAUGUUGGGGAAUGUUGGGGAAUGUUGGGGAAUGUUGGGGAAUGUUGGGGAAUGUUGGGGAAUGUUGGGGAAUGGGGAAUGUUGGGGAAUGUUGGGGAAUGUUGGGAAUGUUGGGGAAUGUUGGGGAAUGUUGGGGAAUGUUGGGGAAUGUUGGGGAAUGUUGGGGAAUGUUGGGGAAUGUUGGGGAAUGUUGGGGAAUGUUGGGGAAUGUUGGGGAAUGUUGGGGAAUGUAGGGGAAUGUUGGGGAAUGUUGGGGAAUGUUGGGGAAUGUUGGGGAAUGUAGGGGAAUGUUGGGGAAUGUUGGGGAAUGUUGGGGAAUGUUGGGGAAUGUUGGGGAAUGUUGGGGAAUGUUGGGGAAUGUUGGGGAAUGUUGGGGAAUGUUGGGGAAUGUUGGGGAAUGUUGGGGAAUGUUGGGGAAUGUUGGGGAAUGUUGGGGAAUGUUGGGGAAUGUUGGGGAAUGUUGGGGAAUGUUGGGGAAUGUUGGGGAAUGUUGGGGAAUGUUGGGGAAUGUUGGGGAAUGUUGGGGAAUGUUGGGGAAUGUUGGGGAAUGUUGGGGAAUGUUGGGGAAUGUUGGGGAAUGUUGGGGAAUGUUGGGGAAUGUUGGGGAAUGUUGGGGAAUGUUGGGGAAUGUUGGGGAAUGUUGGGGAAUGCUACGUGGCGCUGAUAGGCCAGCCCAACGCGGGCAAGAGCACGCUGCUGAACCGCCUCAUCGGGCAGAAGCUGUCGAUCGUCACUCAGAAGCCGCAGACCACCCGCCACCGCAUCCUGGGGCUCGUCUCUGCGCCCGCGUACCAGAUCAUUCUGUACGAUACACCAGGGGUACUAUCCAAGUCAAUGCACAAACUGGACGAGCUCAUGAUGCAGGCCGUGCGCACAGCCACAGUCAACGCGGACGCUGUUGUCCUCGUUAUAGACAUCACCCAGGCGCCGCAAGAGGUAUCGAAGCUCCUACUGGAGGGGAUGGAGAGUGCAGUGGUGCAGAAGAAGCCGACUCUCAUCGUGCUGAACAAGAAGGACUCGCUCAAACCGGGGGAAGUCGCCAAGAAACUCAAGUGGUACCAGGAGGAAGUGGCAGCAGAUGGGCACACGGUGAUCGCUCUGAGUGCCAAGAGGGGCGACGGGGUGGAUGGGCUGCUGGCGUGGAUGCUGGACAACAUUCCCCAAGGCCCUGCAUACUACCCUAAGGACGUGGUGAGCGAGCUACCAGAGCGGUUCUUUGUGGCGGAGAUAGUGAGGGAGAAGAUCCUGCUGCAGUACUCACAGGAAGUGCCGUACGCCUCCCAGGUGACAGUGCGAGCGUUCAGGGAGAGGGAGAAGGCAAAGGACUACAUCAGCCUUGAUAUCAUGGUGGAGCAGGACAGCCAGAAGGCGAUUCUGCUGGGGAAGGUGAGGAGUGGGGGUUGGCGUGAGCAGCGAGGGGUGAGAGGCCACGGCGGCCUCUCCAUCUCUCAUUCUUUCACGACCAUAGGCGGGCCAGGGUCGCCGUGGGAACUUCCUUCAUCGGCGGAAGUAACGCAGACGCGCGGGCACGGUGAGACGACACGGCGAGAUCACGCGGAGCAGGAAGAGGACGCGGCGGAGCAAACUGAGCCCACGGCGGCCCGCCACCAGCACCUACGAAGCCCAUCCCCGCAGGCAGCGGCCGCUCUGAACGCGCCGGGGAUCCAAAGGGAUUGUGGGGCAGGAGCGCAGAGAGAGGGACGACGGGAGCAGCGCGAGGAGCUGAUGGUGGCGCCGACCCCGCACGCGAGCGACGAAGCUCCUUCUCCACGUCAUCAAGCCUAUCCAGAAGACGGCGCUCCAUUGCGGAUGGCGCUGGACACGCUUUUCCGCCGCGACUGUCACCCCCCCGUCGCCCACGACGCGCACGCCCACUUGCGCUCGAGCGCACAGGCGACUGCGGGCGAGAUGGGCCCUGCUGACGCUGGCGGCCAGGAAAACGGUCCCCGCGACGAGGGGAGUAGAGCCGUUGGCGCUUUGCAGGAGGGGGCGAACGCGGAGCUGGGGGCCGACGCCCAGACGUCUGGCGGGCAGGCGACCGCUGGCGAGAUGAACUGUGAGGGGGCGAACGAUGACGAUGCGAACGGCGGUCACGGGAUCGGCUUCGCGACGCCACGCGACGAGGCGACAGCGGCGAACGGGCCGUACCGUGACGAUCAUCGCGGCGGCUCUCCCGCUUAUCGUCGCGAGCUGCCGAUGAGCGACGGCGAGGCGAACGCUCCUGAUGCGCCACAGCCUCUGCGCCGGAGCGCAAGACGGACCCCGCGCGCGGGGGCUCCCGCGGUGACAAGGACCUGCCCGCGCGCGGAGCCAACUCGCGCCGCUGGUCCUCGAAGCGGCGGCGGAUCUGAUCAGCGGACGCCGGCGGAGCAACAGGCACGCUCGCGGCAGGGCGUGCAGGAGGAAGCGGACGGGGAGCAGGAUCGCUCUCCGCGGUGCAGUCGCGGCCAAGAGCGCCAAGGAAAUCCAUUGGCCAACGCUCAAGACGCUCCACUGGCACACGAGGAGCCGACAACGCCGAUCUCCCAGGCGCAACAGGCGGAACCUGUGGCAGCUACCCCGCGGAGCGGACGGGGAAGCACGCGGGGGAGAGGCGGGGGCCUUGGUGUGCAGGGCGUUCGCCUGGGAGCGCUGGAGGGCCACUGA